CUACUUCCAGGAUUGUCCUGAAGGUUCUAAGGAUUUUCGUGAAGAACAAUGCUCAAAGUUCGACUCCAUUCCAUUCGGAGGAAAAUAUUUCACGUGGACCCCAUACAAUAAAGGUUUCAGUGAGUGCGAGCUCAACUGUAUGCCGAAGGGAGGUGAUAAAUUCUACUACCGUCAUUCUCAAGCAGUUGAAGAUGGUACAAGGUGUCGAGAAGAUUCGCUGGAUAUUUGCAUCCAAGGUAUCUGUAUGGCUGUUGGUUGUGACAUGAUGCUUGGCUCUGAUGUAAAAGAAGAUAAAUGCCAAGAAUGUGGAGGAGACGGUAGUCACUGCAAGACGGUGGAGGGCAUCUUCGACCAAACCAACCUUCAUGUAGGCUAUAAUGACAUAAUUUUAAUUCCUGCUGGUGCUACUACUAUCAAGAUAAAGGAAUUAGAGCCUACCAAUAAUUAUUUAGCAAUCAGAAAUUCAUCUGGAUAUUACUAUUUGAAUGGGAACUGGCAAAUUGAAUUCCCCAGAAAAUUGAAAUUUGCUGGCACUCAUUUUCAUUAUGAGAAGUUGUCUAAAGGCUAUGUUGGACAAGAGUACAUUCAUGCAUCUGGGCCUACAACCGAGCCAAUAUUUAUAGCGCUUUUGUAUCAGCAAAAAAAUCUCGGAAUCAGCUAUGAAUAUUCCAUUCCACACGGCAUCAGCAAUACUCAACCAGACGGUUAUGUUUGGAUUUACUCGAACUACGGAACCUGCAGUAGAACUUGUGGAGGAGGUAUUCAAACUAGAAAUGUUAAUUGUGCAACCACUGAAAAUUAUGAAGUUGUUGCCGAUUACUUGUGUGACGUCAUUACGAAACCACCACCUAAUCAAACUUGCAAUGAAAAUCCAUGUCCUGCUCAUUGGCAAGUGUCUAACUGGGAUGAAUGUUCGGUUUCUUGUGGAGGUGGCGUCCAAUACCGGCAAGUGCAUUGCCAAAGAGAUCAAGGGGGAUCUCCCAUCAUGGUUCCAGAUUCAGAAUGCAUAGAGAAUAAUGGAGAGAGACCUGUGUAUGCUAGAGCUUGCAAUGAUGUCCCUUGUCCUACUUGGAAACCUAGAGAAUGGUCUGUGUGUGAUCACAUAUGUGGGGAGGGAACCCAACAAAGAGAGGUGGAUUGUGUUAUGGCUGUGAGUGAUCAAGAAAAAGUCAUUGGCAAGCAGUUUUGUGGAGGUGAUGAACCAGCUUCGACUCAGUCUUGUUUCUUGAGACCCUGCGAGGGAACAGAAUGGAUAGUUUCAGAAUGGAGCAGUUGUGAUUCUGUUUGCGGAUUAAGCAUGGAAACACGGGAAGCUUAUUGUGCAAGUGAGGAUGGCAACUUACAUGAAGAAGAAAUGUGUUCUGGAAAGAAUAAACCCUCUUUAGAAAGACCUUGCUCCAAACACACACACUGUGGAGCAAUGUGGCAUGCUUCUCAGUGGAGUGAAUGCUCAAGUAAGUGUGGGAAAGGAAUGAAAACAAGAACUGUGUUCUGUGGAAAAUGGAAAGAUGGUGAAGUACACAAAGUUUCAGAUGAAGAAUGUUCUACUGAACAGAAGAUGGCUUCUAUGGAAGACUGCUAUGGAAAGAAAUGCAACGGAAUGUGGUUUACUGGUCCCUGGACUCGAUGUUCAGUCCCAUGCGGUGGUGGUCAGCAAACAAGGAAAGUGUUAUGCCUUCUCAAAGACACUGUGCUGGAGCAUGAUCAGUGCAAUUCUCAGUCACAGCCAUUUGAAGUAGAAACUUGCAACAUGCACCCCUGUGAUGAAGAUGAAGUUAUGAUCGUGGGUGGCUGUCAUAAGUCAAAGCAUGGUUGCUGCUCAGACGGAAUCACUCCCGCUGGUCCAGAUUACAUAGGUUGUCCGUUUGAUGGAUCAGAGCAAGAUUGCAGAGAGACAGAGUUUGGAUGCUGCAUCGAUGGAGCCACACCUGCCUCAGGCCCCUUUGGGAAAGGUUGUCCAAAAAUGAUCAACUGUAAUGAAACCAAAUAUGGUUGUUGUCCUGAUGGCGCAACAGUUGCUAAGUCUGCUGAUAUGCUAGGAUGUUUUGAGGACUGCGAGAAUUCUCUUUGGGGCUGCUGCGCUGAUGGAUUCACUCCUGCCUUGGGGAAGAACAACGAGGGCUGUGAAAAAGAACUUUCUGAGAAAUGUGAAAAGUCCCAAUUUGGCUGUUGCCCAGAUGGUUUUAGUGUUGCAUCUGGAUCAGAUUAUGAAGGUUGCGACUUGGAUGUUUCUUCGGGAGAAGAUUGUUUGUUCUCAGAGUUCGGUUGCUGUCCUGAUGGACUUACUUCCGCUACUGGGCCAGAUAUGCGUGGUUGUCGAAUUGGUAAAAGUGAUGAUGACGACUGUGCCCAUUCAAAGCAUGGUUGUUGUGAAGAUGGAAUUUCUCCAGCACAAGGUCCAAAUUAUUUGGGAUGUGAGGAAGGUAGUGGAGACAUUAUAAGUAGCUCAUGUGAAGGGACACUGUAUGGUUGUUGUCCUGAUGAUGUAUCUCCAGCUAAAGGACCAGGCUUUGCAGGCUGCGAAGUGCCGAAGCAUGAUGAUGAUGAUGAUAUUAAACAGCACGUACAUCAUACACCAUGCAGUCAUACUACUUAUGGUUGUUGCAAAGAUGAAAAGACAGCAGCAACUGGUCCUUAUUUUGAAGGUUGCAAGGAUUCAGAAGAAAGUUCCAUCCAUCAUUGCGCUAACACAGUCUUCGGCUGUUGUCCGGAUGGAAAAACCUCUGCUUUGGGUCCUAAUAAAUAUGGUUGCUGCUUCAAAUCAGAAUUUGGAUGUUGUCCUGAUAAUAUUACUAUCUCUACAGGACCAUAUAAUCUAGGAUGUAGUUGUCAUACUUAUCCGCAUGGCUGUUGCCCUGAUGGCAUCACUGUAGCAAAAGGGCCUAGGUUUGAAGGAUGUUCAUGCGAACAUUCUUCCCAUGGUUGUUGUCAAGAUAACUUUUCAUAUGCCAAAGGACCUAAUUUUGAAGGUUGUGAAUGUUCAUCCAUGCUCUACGGCUGCUGUCCUGACGAUCUGACACCUGCUAUGGGACCUAACAAUAAAGGUUGCGACUGUGAUCGAUUACAGUAUGGAUGUUGUCCUGAUGAGAUCACUGCUUCUCGUGGUCCCAAUCAUGCUGGAUGUCCCUGCAAAACAUUCCCCCACGGCUGUUGUCCUGAUGGAAAAACGGCUUCUAAAGCUUCUGGACCAUACAAUGAAGGAUGUCCUUGUCAUUCACUCAUCCAUGGAUGCUGUCCUGACAACAGGACAGCAGCUGUUGGACCACGGUUUGAAGGUUGCCCAUGUACUAUUAUGUCACAUGGAUGCUGCCCAGAUAAAAGAACGCCAGCAUUAGGCCCUAAUUUUCACGGAUGUCCAUGCAAAACCACAACAUUUGGUUGCUGUCCCGAUGGGGAAAGCCCAGCUCUGGGUCCAAAAUACAAAGGUUGCCAUUGCAUCACUUUCCCAUAUGGUUGCUGCCCUGAUGGAGUAACUCCAGCCAGAGACCAGAAUUUAGGUGGAUGUAAAGAAGGAAAAAAAGUACAAACUAAUUUAGUAACAUCUGAUGUUUGCAGUCUACCGAAGGAAAGAGGGCCUUGUCAUAAUUUCAGUGUCAAAUGGUACUUUGAUGUUACUUAUGGUGGUUGUAGUCGCUUUUGGUAUGGAGGAUGUGAUGGUAAUGGUAAUCAGUUCAAUUCCCAAGAGGAGUGUGAAAAUGUUUGCGUGAAUCCUGAAGGACCAGAGGCUUGUAUGUUGCCGAGAGUCUUUGGCCCCUGCAAAGGAGCUUAUCCUUCAUGGUACUACGAACCUCAAACCGAUUCUUGUAAAAGCUUUAACUACAGCGGUUGUCUUGGGAAUAAUAAUCGAUUUACGAGUCGAGAAACUUGUGAGAAUACCUGUGUUAGACAAGUGGCUGUUGAUGCAUGUGAUCAACCGAUGGAUGUUGGCCCUUGCAAGAAGGUUACUCAACGCUGGUUCUUUGAUCGCUCAGAGGACAUCUGCAAGCCAUUCAUUUUCGGCGGUUGCCAAGGAAACCAUAAUAAUUUUGAAACUGAAAAAGAAUGCAAACAGCGUUGUAUCAUUUCUAAGCCUAAAGAACCAAGCAUCUGUCAUCUUCCCCAAGUCAUGGGAAAUUGUUACCAAUUCCGUGAGCGAUGGUAUUACAAUCCUAACGAGAGACGAUGUCAGAGAUUCUAUUACAGUGGCUGUGGUGGAAAUGACAACAACUUUGCAACCUAUGCUGACUGUGAAAAGCAGUGUGAAAAGAGCUUAUCCAAUUCUGCUGAAGAUUUCAGCUUAGAGUACUGCUCCUUUGAGCCAGAUGCUGGUCCGUGCCAUGGUAAAAAGAUUCAGUGGUUUUAUGACAAAGACGGUGUCUGCAAGCAGUUCUACUAUGGUGGCUGCCGAGGGAAUGGCAACCGUUUUAAUACAAAGAAAGAUUGCGAGCAGAGGUGUGCAGCAUCACAAGAUAUUUGUAAACUUCCUAAAAUCCGAGGACCUUGCAGUGGUUCUUUCACUCAAUGGUAUUUUGAAACUGAACACGGAGAAUGCAGGGAGUUUACUUACAGUGGUUGUCAAGGAAAUGGUAACAGAUUCAAUGAUAAGGAAUCCUGUGAAAUUCAGUGUAAAAAAUGGCCCUCUGUUGAUAACCAUGUGGCACAAGAUGCCUGCAAUCAGCAGAAAGAUCAAGGUCCAUGCUUGGGUUAUUUCCUCAUGUGGUACUAUGACAGCAAUGAAGGUUCUUGCAGGACGUUUGUCUAUGGUGGAUGCCAUGGUAAUGACAAUCGAUUCACAAGUUUACAAAACUGUGAAGCCAAAUGCCACACCAACAAUGCCUUCAACAUUCGUAGAGGUAAAGAGACUCAUUCAAUCACCGCUGCUGCAUCAUUCAUCACAAAUGAAGACAUCUGUCGACUGUCUCCAGAUGAAGGUCAUUGCAGCUACUCCCAGAGCCGCUGGUAUUACGAUGCACACAAGGGCAUGUGCUUACCAUUUGUAUACAAAGGAUGCGGUGGAAACAAGAACAGAUUUAAGAAUGAUGAACUCUGCAUGCGAUUUUGUUCUGGAGUGCAAGCCUCUGGAGUUGUUGGUGAUGCAGCAGUUCGCGAUUUUGUACCUGUCGAAGUGAAUAAAAAUUGCCCUGCUUCAAACUGUGGCCAUCUACAGUGCCCACAUGGUAUUGAAGAAAUAGUCGAUGUCAGGGGCUGCAUAUCUUGUCUCUGCUCUAACCCUUGCGAGAAUCACAACUGUCCAGAUGGAUCCCAAUGUGUGGUCGAGAAGCAUCGAAGAAGCGAUGGUGACAUCAGAUCACAGCCCCUUUGCCGUUUAAAAAACAAGAAAGGGGAGUGUCCAUCAGCUGCAGCAUCUGAACACCUAUUGAAUGGUACAUGCCACGACAGAUGCCAGAAUGAUGCCGAUUGCCCGGGUGGACUAAAAUGCUGUUUUGUCUCCUGUGCAAAAAUCUGUCUCUUGCCUGUGUUAGCAGAUGAUGAAAAUGAAGAUGAUGAAAACUCCAUUGAAGAUUUAGACACACCUGCACCUCCUCAAAUCUUAACGGCAAGAAAGGAUGUUGCUGUAAAAAAAGGCACUCCUGCUCUUUUGAGAUGCAUUGUUCGAGGAUAUCCAACUCCAAAAAUUUCUUGGCACCAUAAGAAUCAUCCCCUAGUCACAGAUGGUGGAGCUCACAAGAUCUCGUUAGAUGGAUCUCUGCAUAUUAUGGCCGUCAAGGAAUCGGAUGGAGGCAUGUACACGUGUACGGCAGACAAUGGCAUUGGCAAAAGUGUGACUCGAUUUUUCAACCUCAUCGUUUAUGAGGAUACUAAGGUUAGCAUCAACUUAGCUACUGAACAGUAUCAAGUAGGCAAACCUCUACAGUUGGACUGCACUGUGAAAGGCACUCCUCCCUUUGAAGUGACCUGGCACUUGGGAAGCAACAGUCCAGCACUGCAGUCUGACUCUCGGCGAGAAAUCUUUUCUAACCACACACUGCUGAUUGCCUCGGCACAAUACAAUGACAGUGGGACUUAUGUGUGUGAGGCAAGGAAUCAACACGGAAAAGCAGAUGCGACCCUAGAUGUGCAAGUACAUGAUAUACCUGUUCCAUCAACAUGCAAAGAUAGUCCAUUUUUUGCCAGUUGUGCCAUGAUUGUGAAGCAGAACUACUGUGUCAAUCCUACUUAUGCCAAAUAUUGCUGUUUAUCAUGUGCUAUUGCAGGACAAUCACACAGGACUGAUGCUGCUGAUUCGUAGUGCAUAUUACCUAAAUUAGAUCUACAGAAAUAUAUUCACAAGGCAGUGAAAGACUGUUUCCCUCAUAAUGAACUUCACGAGAUUCAGUUCCAUUAGUUGAUGGACUUGAAAAGUUAAAAUUACUUGAAGGGAAGUAUUCGAACUGAAGCAAAAUUGUGUGCCUACUUGAAGUAUUCGUCUUUACGUGAAAGACCGAAUUAUGACCACUGGUGCUUAUUUUUGUUUUUUUGCCGACAAGUUGUUUUUACAAGUCUUUAAAUUGCACUGAGAUAAAACAAGAAGUACUGUGCAAUUAUUUUUUAAUGCAUUCAUGUAAAAACAAGACAACGCAAACUUAUUUUCUUGUGAGGUACCAAGCAAUUUUUAACAAUAUGACAAUAAUCUAUUUGGAUUGACAAAUUUCAACUUUGGAGCUCUAGGUGCCAUAUGAAAGAGAUGUUCUAAUUGCUUCUAGCAUGACUUUUAGGAGUUUUAUUGCGCAUGCAUUUCUAAUGAAAACCACAAGAGCAUUGCUUAAUGGGUUUUCUCCAAAUAAUAAAAAAUUUUGGCUACAAGUAUUUAAUAACAAUAUUUUAUGAUUUUUCAAAUCAAAACAAAUAUUUAACAUUUGAAUAUGCAAGUGUUUAAAAUUUGAAAAAUUUAAGCACUUAAAUAUGCAUUUUAUGUCAGAAGCAUAGGAAAUUUAUGCAGUGCUAAGAGAUAAAAUUCCCACCUUUCAUAAUCCUGUAAUGUGUUUCCGAGAAAGAAAGCCUUCAAACGCAUGUGAAACAGAAUUAACGAUGAAUAAUGGCUCAUCCCCCCCCCCUAAAAAUUUCACCGUUUAAAAAAAUAAACCUAGCAAUUAACAAAAAUAUAAAUUAUUAUUUGAGUUACCUUGAUAUCCAUUAUUGACAAUCUCACUAGUACUUGUAUAUAUGACAAUUCCCUUUUUAGGAUUGCCUAAAACAUUUUCUUUCAUUUUAUAGUUACUAUUAUUUAAUCUUUGUGUGUACGUUUGUCUGUGUAUAUUGCAUUUGACGCUAUUAAAAUUGAAUUUUUACGACUUUAUUAAAAUCUACCAAAGGAUUUUAUAUCGAUAAAAUGUUAAUUUAUUUUCUCCAUUUGUGCCUUUACGCACAGUAAUUUUUUAAAAUCUCGCGCCAUAUGAGUAUGAUUUACGGAUUUGCUCUUUUACUCAUCUUAAUUUCAAAAUAUUCAAACUUCAACUAUGUUGAAUGAGUAAAUGAGUUUAUUAAAGGGAACAAUUUUAAAUUUGAAUCUCAUUAUGUAUUUAGAAAUUUUAUACUGUCUCUACUCUCGUGAACUGGAGAUGAUUGCUAAUACAUUGCAAAUUUGUUUUGACCAACUUUACGUCUUUAUUCUGUUGAUAAACACUACUUACUGUUACAUCUGAUAUAUUUAUAUAGUGUUCCGAAACUUUAAAAGUUUCAUUUGCUGAAAUUUAACAGUGUGUUGUGUAUUUAACCAAAAUUUUACCAUGUUGAAAUUUGUACAUAUCUACUGCAAUAAAUCAUUUGAAGUUCAA